AUGUCAGACACUCAGCAUGUUCAGAGCUCUAUUGGGUCGUUUCGAUCUUCCGAGCAAAUCGAAGAGUCCUUUAGGAAGCUGACAGUAAGUGAAAACGGAGUGGCGCAAUCGAAGUCGUAUCCAGAUCGUCCCGGUGAACGAGAUUGCCAGUUUUAUCUAAGAACUGGUCUGUGUGGCUACGGAAGCAGUUGCCGUUACAAUCAUCCCACUCAUAUCCCUCCACAGGGUACUAUGUAUUACAACGAGGAGCUCCCUGAGAGGUUCGGACAGCCGGAUUGUGAGUAUUUUCUCAAGACAGGAGCUUGUAAGUACGGCCCAACUUGUAAAUAUCAUCACCCAAAAGACAGGAAUGGUGCAGAACCUGUCGUGUUCAAUGCUCUUAGUUUACCUAUGCGUCAGGGUGAGAAGCCAUGUCCAUAUUACCUGCGAACAGGGACCUGCAGAUUCGGAGUUGCUUGCAAAUUCCACCAUCCUCAACCUCAUAAUGAACAUUCUACUGCAUAUGGAAUGUCUAGCUUUCCUUCUACAGGUUUACAUUAUGGUGCUGGAUUAACAAUGAUGUCUGCAUAUGGAACUUUGCCUCGUCCGCAAGUUCCUCAGUCCUAUGUUCCCAUCAUGGUUUCUCCCUCUCAAGGCCUUUUGCCUCCUCAAGGCUGGGCCACUUACAUGGCUGCAUCUAACCCCAUAUAUAAUGUGAAGAAUCAUCCUUAUUACUCUGGUUAUGGUGCACCAAUGCCCAUGGCUGUGACAGUGAAUGGUGGAUUGUCUGAAAUAUCUGAACCACCAGAAUGUCGCUUCUUUAUGAACACUGGGACAUGUAAAUAUGGAGACGAUUGCAAAUACAAUCAUCCAGGAGUAAAGAUUUCACAACAACCACCUACUCUCUUCAAUCCUUUUGUUCUUCCAGCACGACCUGGACAACCAGCUUGUGGUAGCUUCAAGUCUUAUGGAUUCUGCAAGUUUGGACCAAACUGCAAAUUCGACCACUCGUUGCUGCCGUACCCGGGCUUGACCAUGCCUUCAUCUCUGCCUAAUCCUUAUGCUUCACCUGUUUCAUCAACCCAUCAGAGGAUCUCACCAUCGCCAAGCCGCUCUGUUUCAAAGUCUGUGUCUAAUGGUAAACCUGAUGUGAAGAAGGAAAGCUCAGAGACCGGGAAACCAGACAAUGAUUCUCAACAGUUGAAAGUGCAGGAUAUUUCUGAGAAUUCGACAUCACCAUGA